AUGUCGAAUCGGCCGUGGUGCUACGCGCCGCACAAAGACAUUGUCGUGCCUCCGUUCGUCGAAGCAGCGAAAGGACGGUACUCCCUGGGGAUUCGGCAGCAGCUGUGGCUACGGUACGGGAGCAAAAGCGCCGAGAACGCGACGGGCAUCCUCAUAUCCAACGCAACGAUCCCGCACGACGUGUGGACGCGCGCAAAGUUCUGCCUCGCGCCGGCCGGAAACGGCUGGGGGAUUCGGAUCGGCAUCAGCGCCAUCCUGAACUGCGUGCCGCUCGUCGCGCAGCCGAACGUCGUGCAGGGCUUCGAGGACGUGCUUCCCUUCGACGCCUUCUCGAGGACGAUCGGAGAGGGCGACAUCGCCGCGCUGCCAAAGGCAUCGCGCAGCGCCUCGCGUGCGGGUCCGGGCCAACACACACUCGCAUUGCUCUACUCUGGCCACGGAUGCCUCGCCUACAACUACACCCUCCUCGCGCUCUGCCACCGGGCGAUGGAGCUGCACGGCCGCCUCAGGGCAGGCCCGCGCGCGUCGAAGGCGAAGCACAGUCCGACCAAGGACUGGGACACCAACGCGGUAUGGGUGGACGCGGGACGGGCGGUGACGGCGAACAAGCUGCUCUCCCUCGUCUUUGUGUUCGAUGGCAGGAGUGUCCUCCUCGGUCUCAAGAAGCGCGGGUUCGGCCAGCUCGAGGCGGGCGAGGUCAUGCGGGCGUGUGCGGCCCGCGAGCUUCGGGAGGAGGCCGGGCUGAGCGUGCCGGCUGCGGCGCUCGUCCGCCGCGGCGUGCUCAACUUCCACAUGCUCGCCGACUCGGGGAUGAAAGGCGCGGACGGCACGAUCGCAUCGCGGCUGGAGGUGCAUAUUUACUCGUGCAGCCUUGGCGACGCGGAGGGCGAGGUGGCCGAGUCGGAAGAGAUGGCGCCGCGCUGGUGGGGCUGCGACCAGGUUCCGCUCGGCCAGAUGCUGCCGCACGUGCUGGCCGGCGGCGACGUGAUCGGCGACUUCACCUUUGCAGACCAAGCGACCCUCGUCAGCCACUCUCUCGACGAGCUGCCGCCCGGCGCCAUGCAGCUCGACGAGCACCGUUAG